UAUAAUCCUAAAUUUGCCCUCUGGGGAAGCCUGUCCCCCUCCCUGCAUUUACAUCUAGCCGCAUUCCCCUUCGUCUAGACUUCCCUCGUCGCACUCCCCACUCUCAACUCUCCCCGUGGCCUUUCAAUUCUAUCCACAACGCUCUCGACCCCGUCUGAAACGUCUCCUCCUUGGCUGGUCCAAGGGAUUCAUAUCAUGAUGCACUACUUUCCCACGAUGAUUCACGACCCGCCGGUGUCGGAUACCGACAUGACCGAGAUUUAUGAUACGGACUUCGACUCAGAUUCGUAUGACUAUUCAGAAAGCUCAGGCCACAUGAGUGUGGGUUCGCUUGGAACGGAAAGUGUAACAACAGCAUCCACUCCAGAUGACAUCAAAACCCCAGACUCAACCGGUCUUACCGGGUUUCAUUUCCAGAUCGAUGAGAAUCCAGUCAAAGGUCCUAUGGGCCCUCACCUUUUCCGAGUCUCAUCGGACUACACACAGACAUCAUAUGGCCUCGAACUAGCUACGGAAGAGGUUCCCAUCAGUGCCUCGACUCCACUCUAUUAUUCGGCUUCAAAGCUAGAACCUUUAAGAAGAGACACACCUGUACCCAAUUGCGAUUCGACACAAGCUCCGACACAAGCUUCGACAGUGCCUCAAACCGAGUCACGACGGCCGAGUCUUGAUGCGCUCAGCGUACUGGAGUGGUCUCCUCGAGAUGUUGUCUCGUGGUUGCAAAGCCUGGAGUUUGAUGAGUCUGUCAUUGAGAAAUUUUUCAUCAACGAUAUCACUGGGUCCAUUUUACUGGAACUUCAAGCUGAAGAUCUAAAAGAGCUUGACAUCCAAUCCUUUGGCAAGCGACACCGCUUGAUGAGCUGCAUUCGAAAACUUCGGAGCACUCCUUCGCCUAACACUUGUGGCUCCCAGAGUGAGUUGGAUCCUACUUCCCGUGAAGCCACAUCUACGCCAAACACAACUGCCGCCGAUGUUGGCGUUGACUGCACUACACCCAAUUCGGAGCACGACAAAACCCACUCCAAGUCUUCUCAGCACCGCCGCCGUCGGCGCAACAAGAGCCGCAGCGGUAAUGAUGUUGUGCCUGAAGACUCUGUAUCGAUCGUGGCGAUCGAACAAUUGUUGCCUAGGCUUCACACCUGUUCCAAGGGGGAGAACUGUCGCAAAUUCCAGAAGCAACAAGUCAAGUUGACAAGAAUGGCAAAGGACAUCCCAAUCGAAUGUCUAGGUGGCUCGGUUCUCAUUACCGGAGAUCCAGGAAACCCAGCUACUGCUCAGAACCUGGCCAAGACACCCAAGUCAGAUAUCACACCUUCCUUGGUUGCCUCAUCAGAUGCUUUGGGACACAAUCAAACGUCUGGGUUGGAACUCUCGCCUGCCAAACUGGAUGGUGUGCAGCCUCGGGAUCCGCAGGAAAACGUUCGCAACUUCCUGAACUUCCAACGCCUGAGCAAGCUUCAGCCGGCAACUGAUCCUGCAACCCCUCCAAUUGAGCAUCUGUCACCUUGUGCCAGCUCUCCUGGAUCCACUAGAGGGAAUGCGACACUCUCCGAGAACCUUCGCCAUCUUCCAAAGCUUCGAAUUCCAAGCACCCACACUGAAGUCAGCUCUGUACUCUCCCCGAACUAUUCCGCCCAGCGUACCAUCACCCCCUCUGUGCUGCGGAAGCAUCACCCAUUUUCCCAGCAGAGUGCCAUGAAAUCUCCUAAAGUCAAUGGAGUAGCUGAAUCACCUGCAGACUUUUACCGCAUUGAUCCUCACUAUGGGCAGAGUACGCCACUCUCUGAAGUCGACGUUCCUGUGACCGCCAUUCCUGCGGGGCCCAUCACUCGCGCCUGCUCACAAUCCGUACCCCCAGACAUGCGCUUUGGUGGACAUAUGUAUAAUGUUCCUAAUGUUGUUUCUCGGCCAGCUUCCACCAAGCCUGAAACCUCCCGAAGAAAUGGAUACCUUGCGCCCGGUCACCAUGGACAGAAGACUGGUCGUCUUCAGCAGCGUAUUAUGUUGCCACCAAUCGAGACUCCUGAAGAUAUGGAGAAGACACCUCGAGCGGCUCACUGCAAAGGCCCCUUCACAACCAACGGUCCCAAUGGUGUCAGUCACAGUGGUUGGAUGAAGAAACGGAAGACCAAUCGGUUCCUACGCCACGACUGGGAAGAUCAUCACUUUACUUUGCGAGGUACCCAACUCGCCAUGUAUUCUGAUGAGGAUGCUUCCCGCCGCGACUCUAAGGCUUUAGAGUAUAUUGAUGUUGACGACUAUGCUGUUGCAUGUUCGUCUCUACCUUCGAGCUCAAAGUUGACUGCCGCUUUCAAGAAAACUGUUCUCAAGCGUCAGGACACAGCACAAGGAACAAGUGCAUUUGCGUUUUCUCUGAUUCCUUCUCCCACCAACACUACCUUCGACAAGAAGGCGCUCUUCAUGAACGGCCCCAAGGCGCAUCACUUUGCUGUCAAGACCCGCGACGAACGCAUUGACUGGAUGAGAGAGUUGAUGCUGGCCAAAGCGCUUCGAAAUGGCCGUGCAAAUGCCACUUCUAUUACUCACAACGGCAAUUUUAUCUGAAAGCUUGUUAGCUACUAUCUCUUCAUGUUUCCAUCAGUUCAUACUUCCACCCAUACUCGAUACCCAAUGCUUUACUUUUUGUUAUCUAUCAUGCACUGCACUACCUUUCUCCUUUGAGGAGUACUUUGUUUUCCCUUCUCUUAACAUCAUGACGUGACGAAUUUCUAUUUGAUGUCUCUUUCUUGUCAGUAUACCCCUCCACACCGCAUGUGGUGGAGAACCCUUUCUUUAUGUCUCCUUGUCCGUGACGGGAAAAGCAUGGAUAGACAGGGUGAAUAUUUGGCGGCCCGGGCUCGCGCCCGGUCGGCACUACUGAGCAUAUAUAAUGACUCGAUGAUCUGGAGCAGGACCUCCUCAUGUACCAGUUUAGAACCAAAUACAUAUUUACACUUGAC